AUGGCAGCUGGCGAAGGGACAGAGUGUGACUGGGUACCACCGGAGCAGGGAGAGCUCCUUCUUUGCUGUGACGUGGCCUCGAGAAACAAUCCAGGCGUGGCUGGUGCAGGGGCUAUUGCAAGGGACGCGAGCUGUGGAGUGGUGGGUUCUAUGGAAAUUGGGUUGGGUAUUACUUCCAAUUUCCUGGAUGAACUUUACGGAGUUGUUGUUGGGCUUGAGUGGGCUAUCCAAUGGGGAUACCGGAGGAUCCUCAUUAGAUCGGAUUCAACUAGUGUGUUGGGUAUUUUGGAGAGGAAAAGUUUGCCAUGGUUUGUGCAGCAAAGAUGGAAAACUGUGUGUCAACAUUAUGAUUCUAUCAGAUUCGUUCAUUCGUUCCGUGAAGCGAAUUUUUCAGCGGAUAAAAUGGCAAGAAGAGGUUGUAAUUUAGGUCAUAGGGUUGGAAUACAUUAUGUAGGCCGCCCAGAUUUUUUAAUUUCUAUUGAAUUACCAAAUGUUGCUUAUUUUCGUUUUAAGUAG